AUGGCGAUUGUUAUUACCAAUUCUCCUGCUGAAGUAAGGCAGAAUAAUGCCCAAAGAGCCAAGUUAAUGUUGUCCAUGAGACGGAUUGGGAAAGAAGCGGUCUCCUUCGUCGUUGUAGGCAUUUUAUUACUCAUUACUGGCGGAAUUGCUUUUAGUCCUGCUAGGGUUUACUUGGAUGGAGUAGUGACUUACGGCCACUGUUUUUGGGUAGCUAUACCGAUGAUUGUCGCUGGUGCCUUUGGAAUAGCGACAUAUAACCACGGAAAUUAUCGACGAAAGAUGGUUAUUCCGCAUUUAGUUUUUCUUAUUGCCAGUAUGGCGGCCUCAAUCGGUGGAAUGGUUAUUUUAGGCGUCAAUAUUUACCACUUUAUUCAAAGGGCACAACAAGGUCAUAUCAAAUCUAUCACUGCCCUUGGUAUAAAUAUUGCUGUCUUGAUUGUAUAUGUUGGAUAUUUCUUCACGGGGCUUUACUGCGUCGUAGUAUUUUCACGAAUUGCAAAAAGUCCGCAUAUGGCGUCGAUGCAACCGGAGCAGGAACAGAUUCCGUUUCAACUAACUAGCAAUCAAUUGCGUAUUGGGCAACAAGACGAUCUUUCGCAGCCUCCGCCAUCUUACGCAGAGUUACAAUUGCAUCAUAGCGAUCCUCCACCUUACGAACAACAGAUAGAUAGCUUACAGCAGAAGGAUUCCGCUGCUUAG